AUGACAAUCCUGCUGAAACAGCUCCACCUGUGGUUCGGCGAUGUGUGCCGCCACAUCGAGGGGGAGGAGGAGGCGAAGCGCCUCUACUCCAAGCUUUCGAACACGUCCCACCCGAGGAUCAAGGGCGACGCGCUGCGCUCGCGCUGUGCUCAGCAGGCGACCAACAGUGUGUGGGGCAAGCCCGACCCUGCUCUGAGCCGGUUCCAGAACGACGCUUUGGUCGCGGCGCGCGUGCUCGCCUUCCUCAACUCGAAGAGGCUCCCGGUGACCGCUGUGAGAGCCACGCUUCUGGCACACCAGAUCACGGACGCCGCCUCGCUCAGCCAGCGGGCGUGUGCCCAGCGGCUCUUCGACCACUGGACGCAGCCGCAGUCGCCGCCCUGCCCCGUCUGCGCUGCAAACGCCGCGCGUGGCUCUGUCGCAGCCCGCUCUCCUCAGCGUGCAGGAGUGGGCACCGGAAGGGAGGGGAGUGACGGCGGCGGCGGCGGCGGCGGCGGCGGCGGCGGCGGCGGUAUUGGCGGCAGUGGUGGCAGCGUUGCCCGCGUCGAUGGCCGACAGCCUGCUGCCACGAGCGGAGCGCCGGCGUUGCCCGCCCACGGCCAGCCACCAACCAGCGCCUGCCAGCCCGCCACGCUCCAGCCCGCCACGCUCCAGCCCAACACGGACCCGGCUGCCGAUGCGCGCGCGGUGGCGGCGGCUGCUCCCGCGGCGGUGCCGGCGCCGCGGUGGGAGGUAGAGCUCAAGGGCGGGUGGGUGCCUGCCGACGCUCGCGUGCUCGCCGCCAUCUCGGACGCAGAAGCGGGCGGCCGCGGCGAGUACGAGGCUCGAGGCUUCAGCUACUCGGACGAGUCACCGAGCGGCGGGCAGUCGGAGGACGACGAGAAGACGGUGGUUGGGUGCGCUGCCGACGUGGGCCGGCUGAGCGACGUGGAUGCGGCCAGUCGUCCCUCCUCCUCCUUGGCGGCGGAGGAGGCGGCGGGAGCAGGGGCGGCGGCGGGAGCAGAGGCGGCGAGACAGCAACGCAAGAAGGGGAAGAAGCGGCGGCGGCAGCCUGGCGACGAGAAGGAGGAGAGCGACGAGGAGAGCCGCCGGCGCAGGCUGCUCGAGAAGAGUGAGAAGUGGAAGCGCGAGAUCAAUCAGUCGCUGCUGCAGCGCUACGCUGCUGACCGCGAGAGCCUGAGCGAGGAGGAGAAGGCGCGGGCGGAGGUGCUGCUGCUUCGGGACGAGAAGAAGCGGACCAAGCAGGCGGAGGCGCAGGCUGCGCCCCAGUUGGCCAAGGAGCUGAAGAAAGCUAACAAGGCUUUGAGGAAGCGCGAGAAGAGGAAGGACCGAGAGCGCGACAGAGACGCAGUCGCAGACGGAGCCGGCGGCGGUAUAAGCGCAAUGCGGUCUGAUGCUUGA